AUGCCAACCACGCGAAGCCAAAGCCUAUCUGCUGCGGCAACCGGGUCGGCAUCGGGAUCGGCGUCUCCGCCAUCCCUACCUGGGGCUGCUGCCCCUUAUCAAGAGAAUGUUGGUAGAGACCUGUCGGAGGUCGGAGCUAAUGCUCCUUAUCAGACUGGUUCCUUCUCCACUGCGACAUCAGAAGACGAUAAGAUGAAGGCUCUCCAACUGGCUGAUUCGUGUAUUAUUCGUAAGAAUGGCUGCCUUUAUAAACUUUCUGCGCUCGCGCCUCCUGAUCCUGCCCAGGGAAAUGACCAUAAUAUGGUUUUGAACCAAGCAGAAUCCCCUCCAGCAGCCGAGGAGGCCGCAGUGUCCUCCUUCCUUUCGGACACGAUCACUUCCGUAGACGAAGAUGAACCUAUGGAAUCCGACGUAGUUGUCCCAGCAGAAACUAUGGCGGAUCUCUUGAUCUCUGCAGACCCUGUCCCACCUCCGGUCUUGCCGACGUCUAUGGAAACGACUGAUGAGGCGUCUCAUCCGCAGUAUGUUGAGCCGAAGUCUGAGCUCCCGCUCGACUCGACUCUUCAUCUGUCUGACGCUUCCGGAGCUGAUGCUCCUUCACGUGAAUAUAUUGGAGCUGUUGCUCAACAUGACCCUCCCGGAGCUGACGCUCCCCCUAAUGACGAUGUCCAGCCGUCAACUUCCAGCUUUGGAAGUCAUCCUGGCACAAUUUUCGUUUCCCUCCGAACCGAGCCGUUCCCAUCAAAUCCGGAUUUCGUGACGGCCGCUAUGCCACUCGAGCUAUAUGGGCACAUCCCUCCAGGUGGAUAUCUAUCCCCUAAGUACGUCAGGAGACUAUUCCCCUUGAAGUUCCGGGAGCAGCCAAGCCGUCGUCAACGAUUGUCCGUUGUCGAACUGAUGCGUCUCGAACACGCGAUCGCGUUCCGUCGCUCUUCACAAAGCGUCAUCGAUGAUCCUUCUAGAGGGCCGCAAGCGGAGCACUCUUAUGAGGAUCGUUCCAUCGCGGUCCGUCUCGUCGUUCCUGGUUGGGCUCAUCGUUCGGCUUACAACACCGUCUCGAAUUUUGCCACUACUCGUGAUGAGAUCACCAAAGUCGACGUCUGCGUCAAGCUUGGCGACCUUCCCGCAGGAACGGACCCCCUCUACGAGCUCAUCUCGAAACGUCAACUCUUUGGCUUCCGAUCGUCGACCUCGAGAGAGAUCUCCGCUGCAACGUGUGGACUCCGGCCUACGCCUCCGUCACCCCUUCGCCUUCUUCGGCCGUCACCUCUGGGCCCCGCGCCUCCGCUGAAGAUACUCGACUGGACUGAUCUCGAA